CAGACCGGCUGGACGCGCUUCGUCUCUCUGCUUUCAGAACACUGACACACACACACACACACACACACACACACACACACACUACGCACACACAGUGUGAGUGUGUGUGUCUCCGGUGUUCCUCCCACCUGAACCGGACCGGAGCUCAGCGCGUGAAGCGGGGAGGCAGCUGAAGUGUGCGCGCGCCGCCCCGCACGCCCCGCACGCCCCGCGUGAAGCCGGGAGUUCUGCAGGACCGUUUGGAUCCGAAACUUUUCUCUUCUGAGGAACUCCGACCGGGAGCGCGCCGAGGACACGCGCCCGCGCCAGAGGAGGCGAGACGCCAGCUCCACCCGAUCACCAGGCUCCACCCGAUCACCAGGCUCCACCCGAUCACCAGGCUCCACCCGAUCACCAGGCUCCACCCGAUCACCAGGCUCCACCCGAUCACCAGGCUCAAAGCUGACCAGGUCUCCACCCACCUCCACCUCCUGCAGAGCUCCACCCCCUUCAGAGCUCCACCCCCUGCAGAGCUCCACCCCCUGCAGAGCUCCGCCCCCCUGAGGCCUCCUGGAUGUCGUUACCAGCAAAGCAGAGCAGCUAGCAGACCAGGAAGAGACCGACUUCAGCCCUGACCUGAUGGAGCGGUUGUGGGCGUGGCUUCUGGCCCUCGCCGCCGUGUCGGCCCCGGCCGUGCGGAGCGAGGAGUUCCUCUCGGACACGCCCAUCAACAACGUGGUUGUGGACGAGCGCUCGGGCCGGCUGUACGUGGGCGCCGUCAACGCGCUGUACCAGCUGGGCCCGGGCCUGGACCCGCAGUCCCGGGUGGAGACGGGGCCGCGGCGGGACCACCGGCUCUGCACGCCGCCCGUCACCGACGCCUGCGAGGAGGCGGCCGACACCGACAACCACAACAAGCUGCUGCUGGUGCACGGCGGCGCCGACCUGCUGGUGGUCUGCGGCAGCGUCUUCCGGGGGAUCUGCUCCCUGCGGAACCUCAGCAGCGUCCAGCAGCUCGUCUACUUCAGCGACUCCAAGGGGGAGAAGUCCUACGUGGCCAGCGCCGAGGACGACGUCUCCGUGGUGGGCGUCCUGUCCUACUUCACCCAGGACAGGGACAACCUGACCGUCUUCCUGGUGGGAAAAGGCUACGGCAGCCACGACAGCACCAAGCUCAUCUCCACCCGCAUCCUGCGCGACUACGGCGACUGGGUGGUGUUCGACAGCAUCGUGGAGGCGUCGGCGGUGCAGGCCAACCCCUUCGUGCUGCGCUACCUGCACGACUUCCGCCUGGCCUUCAGGGACGGCGGCUUCGUCUACUUCCUGUUCUCGAGGACGCUGGGCGUCCAGGACAACAAGAACUUCACCUUCGUCUCCAGGAUGUGCGAAAACGACCACGGAUACUUCUCCUACACCGAGCUGCAGCUCAACUGCAGCGCCACCAACAGGUUCAACAAGGCACAGGCGGCCUACGUCGCAGCGCCGGGCGAAGUUCUGGCUCGGAACCUGACGGACUCGGGUCUCUACGGAACCGUCUCCGCGUCGGACAUGGUUCUGUUCGUCACCUUCAGCUCGGAUGAGGAACCGUCCUCGUCGGCCUUGUGCCUCUACCCGCUGCGCUCCAUCAACCAGCGCCUCCUGCAGGUGGUCUCUUCCUGCUACAGCCACGGCGGCUUCAUCCAGGGCCGGCCGGCCGUCUACUCGCCGUACUCGUCCAAGGCGGAGGAGCUGUGCGGCAUCAACAACCCGGACAUGGCCCAGAAGUUCCGGUGUGGAGAGGAGUUCCUGCCGUCGCCGCUCGCCAGCAAGGCGGAGUUUGCGCUGAGGGCGGAGCCGGCGCUGGUCCGGAAGGCUCACAUGACGGCGGUGGCGGUGGCGGUGGAGGAGGGACACGCCGUGGCGUUCCUGGGCACCGCCGGGGGAGAGGUGUUGAAGGCCCACCUGUCGGCUCACCCCGAGGUGUUCGGCCGGACGCCGGGAGACGUCUCCGGAGACAAGGUCAACAAGAACCUCCUGCUGGACGCCAGCCGCCAGCACCUCUACGUCACCACCAGGAAGAAGGUGACCCGGGUCCCGGUCCAGACCUGCCACCUGAAGACGGACUGCCGGUCCUGCGUGGGCCUGAAGGACCCGUACUGCGGCUGGUGUGUCCUGGAGGGAAAGUGCAGCAGGAAGCAGGACUGCAGCAGGUCGGAGGAGGACAACACCUGGCUCUGGUCGCCGCGGCAACAGUGUGUUGAGAUUCAGGCCUUCGACCCCCCGAACCUGAGCUGCAGCAGGACCCAGCAGGUGCAGAUCAGCGUCCCCGCCCUGCCCCGCCUGGGCCCCUCCGACCGGCUGCAGUGUGUGUUCGAUUCCCUGGCGUCGGACGCCGUGGUGCUGCUGGACGGGCCGGCCCGGGUGGCCUGCUCGCUGCCGGACCCGUCCCAGAUCCCCCCGCCCCCCCAGCAGCAGGACUUCGUGUCGGUCCCGGUGAAGGUUCUGGUGAACAACAGGAUCGAGGUGACGAACGGAGAAUAUCACUUCUACAGCUGUGCUGCUGCCGUCAGGAGGAACCCCAACAGCCCGUGUGUGUCCUGUGUGAGCAGCUCUUGGGGCUGCCAGUGGAACGCUGAGCUCCACAGCUGCAGUGACGAGGACGGUUCUGUGAGCGGAGAACACGUCAUCAGACCGCAGCAGCCGGAGAACUGUCCUCAGUUCGAGUCCCCGGAGCCGCUGCUGGUCCCCGUCGGGUUCCAGACCCCCAUCAGCUUCCAGGGCCGGAACCUGGACUUCUACAAGGGCCGGAGGUUCUCCCUGGGCUCUGAGCUGAUGGGGCUGACGGAGGAGGAGGUGGAGCAGGAGGAGCAGGAGGAGCAGGAGGAGCAGCCCAGCUCCAGGUUCAGGGUCAGAGGUUAUAAGUUCUCCUAUGACAGGCAGCAGGAGGUCAACGUGUCGUUCCACAUCAGGGACAGAGACUCUGACAGGAGGAUCGACAGCAGACUGACAGUGCGGCUGUAUAACUGCUCGGUGCAGCGCGGCGACUGCAGCCUGUGUCGCGCCGCUGCGCCGCCGUUCGGGUGUGUGUGGUGCCCGGCGCGCCGCUCCUGUGUGUUCCGCCAGCUGUGCCCGGCGGCGGAGCCGGUUCGAUGCCCCGCCCCGCACAUCUCCGACGUCGUCCCUCGCUUCGGCCCGCUGAACGGACGCAUCUCCGUCACCAUCAGAGGCUCCAACAUGGGGGUGAGGGCGGAGGACGUCCGGAGGAUCCGGGUGGCCGGCGUGGACUGCGUCCACCGGGAGGACCGCUACUCCGUCUCCACCAGCGUGGUGUGUGAGAUCGGGCCUGCCAGGCGGGCGCCGCCCUCCGACCUCCCGGUGGAGCCGUCCCUCAGCGGCCCGGUGGAGCUGGAGCUGGACGGAGGAGGACGGGGGACGUCCCAGGUGCUCUUCACCUACCGGGACCCCAAACCGUCCGGCGUGCGUCCCUCCAGGGGUCCGGCGGCCGGCGGAACCGUCCUGACCAUCAGCGGAGAGCACCUGGACACGGCGUCCCGGGCCGACGUGGCGGUCAGCGUGGGCGGAGUUCCCUGUGAAGUCCUGUCCUUCGGGCCGGAGAUCACCUGCAGGACCGGCCGGUACCGGGGCCAGAAGGUUCCGUCCGACCCGCUGACCGUGACGGUGAAGUACGGCAGGAACACCAGCCGAGACGCGGCGGCGCCGUUCCAGUACUCCGAGAACCCCAAGAUCAGCGACUACGUCCCCAGAGACAGCUUCCUGUGUGGCGGGCGGAGGAUCCUGGUUCUGGGAAACGGCUUCGAUCUGGUCCAGACGGCCACCAUGAGGGUCCGGCCCGCCUCCGACGAGUUCUCCCAGGACCCCACCCAGGUGGAGUUCACCCAGCCGGCCCUCAGCAAGAACGACACCGUGCUGCAGUUCGAGUCUCCCGCGGUGAGCGGGACGGACGGCCGGUCCCUGCGGACCUUCGUCCAGCUGGACGCCCUGCAGGAGGAGCUGUCGAGCUUCAGCUACCAUCCCGACCCCGCCUUCAACCGCCUCGGCCCCGCCCCCAUCACCGCGACCAGCGUCGUCAUAGUGACGGGUCGCGGCUUCUCCAGAGCGAUGACGGCCAGAGAGGCUCAGGCGUUUGUGGGGGACGCGUCCUGUCCCGUCAACAUCCUGCAGGACGAUAAGUUGAUCCUGGAGGCUCCGUCCUCGCCGCCCCGGUCUCGGUCCAGACGGCAGCGCAGGGACACCGCGGCGGACGAGCUGGAUCUGGUGGUGAAGUUUGGACGGGGGGAGUGGACGGUGGGCUCGGUGUACUACGCCCGGAAAGACGACGUCCCCCUGGCGGCGGUGGUCCCGGCCGUGGUCGUCCCCAUGCUGCUCUUCAUCGCCGUCUCCGUCUACUGCUACCGGAGGAAGAGCCGGCAGGCGGAGCGCGAGUACGAGAAGGUGAAGCAGCAGCUGGACAGCCUGGAGGACAGCGUCCGGGACCGCUGCAAGAAGGAGUUCACAGACCUGAUGAUGGAGAUGGAGGAGCAGACCAGCGACCCGGGCGAGGUCCGGAUCCCCUUCCUGGACUACAAGACCUACACGGAGAGGAACUUCUUCCCGCCCUCGGAGAACCGGGCCGGCGCCGACGAGCCCAGGAUCAGCGGGCGGAUCCAGAUCCCGGCGGCCCGCAGAGCCACCGUGGCCCAGGCCCUGACCCAGUUCUCCAACCUGCUCAACAGCAAGACCUUCCUGAUCCACUUCAUCCGCACGCUGGAGGCGCGGCCGGACUUCAACGCGCGUUGCCGCGGCGACCUGGCGUCUCUCCUGACGGUGGCGCUGCACGGCCAGCUGGAGUUCUUCACCGACGUCAUGAGAACCCUGCUGCUGCAGCUCAUGGACCAGCACGUUCUCAACAAGAACCCCAAGCUCAUGCUGCGCAGGUCGGAGACGGUUGUGGAGCGAAUGUUGUGCAACUGGAUGUCCAUCUGUCUCUAUCAGUUCCUCAGGGACACCGCCGGAGAACCGCUGUACAAACUGUUCAAGGCCCUGAAGCACCAGGUGGAGAAGGGUCCGGUGGACGCCCGGCUCCGCAGGGCCAAGUACACCCUGACCGACACGGGGCUGCUGGGGGGCGACGUGGACUACCAGGUCCUGACCCUGCAGGUCCUGGUUCACGGAGAAGGUCCAGACGUGACUCCAGUCAAGGUUCUGAGCUGUGACACCAUCACCCAGGUGAAGGAGAAGAUCAUCGAUCAGGUGUACCGGAACCUGCCGUUCUCUCAGAGGCCCGCGGUGGAGAGCGUCGCUUUGGAGUGGCGUCCCGGGUCCACCGGUCAGAUCCUGUCCGACCUGGACCUGACGUCCCAGAGGGACGGACGCUGGAGGAGACUCAACACGCUGGCCCACUACAACGUUCGAGACAACGCCACCCUGGUUCUGUCCAGAGUCCUACACACACAGUCCGUCCUCCAGAACCAAGACAGCCAUGAAGAGAGGAACGUCCUCCUGGAGGACGACUGCACGUUCCACCUGGUCCGUCCAGCAGACGAGCUGGACGAGGUCAAGUCCAAGAGAGGGAGCAUGAAGGACAAGAGCAUGACCAAGGCCAUCACCGAGAUCUACCUGACCCGGCUGCUGUCCGUCAAGGGCACGUUGCAGCAGUUCGUAGACGACUUCUUCCGCAGCGUUCUGUGUUCCGGCUCCGUUCCUCCGGCCGUUAAGUAUUUCUUCGACUUCCUGGACGAGCAGGCUGAGAGACACGACAACGUGGACGAGGAGACACUGCACAUCUGGAAGACCAACAGCCUUCCUCUGAGGUUCUGGGUCAACAUCCUGAGGAACCCUCACUUCAUCCUGGACGUCCACGUGACUGAAGUUGUGGACGCGUCUCUUCACGUCAUCGCUCAGACCUUCAUGGACGCCUGCACCAAGACGGAGCACAAGCUGAGCCGGGAGUCGCCCAGCAACAAGCUCCUCUACGCCAAAGAGAUCCCCACCUACAAGAAGAUGGUGGACGAUUACUACCGGGGCAUCAGACAGAUGGUCCCUGUCAGCGAUCAGGACAUGAACACACACCUGGCCGAGGUGUCUCGGCAACACACGGACCAGCUGAACACCCAGGUGGCGCUGCAUCAGCUGUAUCAAUACGCCAGCAAGUACUACGACGCGAUCAUCCAGUCUCUGGACGAAGAUCCGGCGGCGCAGAACAAACAGCUGACGCUCCGCCUCCAGCAGGUCGCCGCCGCCCUGGAGAACAAGGUCACCGACCUCUGACCCCUGGGACGGAAGGGGCGGGGCCUGGAGGGAGGGGGAGGGGCCAGACUGUCACAUCAGAGAGACUUUCUGGAGGGUUCCUGGAGAACGUUCUCGGUUCCACGCUGACAAAGACAAGGAGAAGAAGAAAAGUGGUUCUCCUCGGUACUAGAGAAAGUUCUGCGGUCCUCGGUACUCCGUCGUGCUGGUUCGGGUUCUGGGGAGGGGAACUGGCCGACCAAUGAGAAAGCAGUCCGGUACAGCACCGGCCAAUGGCAGGGCGGUGCGUUCAGGGUCCGGGGAGCGUGGGACGUCACGCCGCCGAGGAACCCGUGGAGAACGUCUGCUCUCCUUCUGGACCAGGUCUCCAUCUCACUGCAGCUUCUCCUGAAGGUCUCUGUUCUUGGUUUUGGUACCAAAGUGGAGCAGAACGUUAGACUCUAGCAGAACCUCAACGCAGAACCUUUGUUUUUACAUUUUGAAAAAGUCAAGAUUAAAAACCUUUAACUGUUUUUUAAUUCCGGAUUUGAGCUAAAAGUUUCUCAAUAAUUCAACUUCAUGGUGGAGCUGAGCGACGGACGCAGGACUUCCUGUGUUCAGAAGGAUUUUCACACUAAAGGAGAAAAUGUUCUGAUUUCAUUCUGAAUGUUUUUCCUGCUUUUAUUGUACGAAGAUUUAAAAUCACAUUAAACUGUUUUAAAAACUUU